AUGGCAGGGGGCAUCGGACUGAGAGAGGUGAAACAAUGCAGCGAUGACAGCUUCCAAAGCCUGUGGGAUGGUGCAGGUGAUCACAUCCUGUUUGAGUGCCUGGAUGAUGGAGGCCAACCUCAGGGCUAUGCUGUUGCCCGCAUCAUGACUCAGUACCAUGGGGACAAAGACGGUGGUUUCCUGAAACUGGAGUAUGUGGCAGCUUCAGAUGAAUAUUACCAACACUGGAUUAUUUCAGAAGGCGGCUCAGGACAGUAUCACCACGUGUGCCGAAAGAGCCUGGGUGCCUGUCGACGCAAAGUUGGCGAAAGUGGUCUUGUGCAUAUUCAGAAGCUAGCCUUUGUGACUUCGGCUGAUGUGGACAGCAUAGUCAAGGAAUGGAAUGCCAAGAGGUUGGACAAAGGACCUCCCGUAGGACGGGGUACGGCGCCAGUGAGCUCAAGGGGGCGCCCUGGGGAUCACUUGACAACCGCCUCCAAGAGGAAGGCCAAGCGCCCCCCGUCCUAUGAGGAGACGUCACCCAGGCCGGAGGAGGCUAGGGGAAGGGUAGGUGAGUUCUCCAGGAAACGCCAGGAGGCAACCAAGCCCUCGCCCCUGGACGCGAUGCUGGGGGAUGAUCUGGAGGACCCCCUGCAGAAUGACAGCAGGUUGGAGCAGCUUCGUGCCAGCUUGGAGGACAGGAAGAAGAAGCCGGAGGAGAAGACUUCCGCCAGUGCAGUGCUGGUGCAACGCGUGCAAGAUGGUUUGGAGAGGAAUGCCCAAAAGAAAAAGAAGAGCAGUGAACAGGAGAAGGUCACCAAGGCCCUGCAGGUGCUCCGCGGCAAAAAGAACCAAGAGGAGUCGAGCAGUUUGAAAAGUGAUAGUGAGGAUGAUGAGCUGCAGGUGAGCAAGAAGCACGACUUGACCAGCCGUCAGCGGAAAUUGCGCAAGCUGUCUGCUGACAACCCAGGAACACUCCUGGUGCGGGGCUUCAGCUUGAUGCAUGAGCAGCUUGGUAUGCUGUAUGGCGAUGCGGCUUCCAUUGGCUCAAAAGCAGAAGCUCUCCAACCAGCCGCACUGCGAUACCUGCUGACCACGGCAAUCCCUCAGAUGGAUCCGAAGCAGGUAGGUGAGGAGACAAUGAGGGAGCUGAGGACAUUGGCAAGCACGCUGGACUUGGUCGUCAGUGGACGGGUGCUGAUGGAGUCAGACUUUGCUCGCAGCAUGGCGGUCAAGGAUGCCAAGAGCAGCGAAUUGCUGAAGAAGGAGGAAGCCAGCGUUGCGCGGCCAAAAGCCUUCACCUUCGAGGAGCAGGAGCCCCUUGAAGAGACAGGUGAAGUUCCAGGACCCGCUGACCAGCGUCAUCCCGGAGCCAGCACAGGAUCCAAGACCGGGUCUGAUGAGGAUGAAGGACGCACGAGAAGCCGUGCCCAGGAAGGAGAACGAGAGCAGAUCCCAAUGGAAGAACCGUGUCUUCGAGCACAAGAGACGAGAGGAGGAGAAGCAUGGUCAGGGGGGACGCUCGAAGGGCAGCGGCAAGAGAGGCUGAAGCCCCCUGUGGCGGCAGGGGAUGUGCUGAGUUGCCCUGUGGCGGCAGGGCAACGAAUUAUAUCCGCCCCUGUGGAGGCAGGGGAUGGACCAGCUGAGAAACCAGCCCUUGUGGUGGCAAGGGGCGUUGCAGCAGGUCCACAAGAUGAGUCUGCAAGGCCAGACUGCCGUGGUGCUGAGACGACUGAGCUCAGUGUAAUGCGCGGGAAAUGUUUACAAGUUCCUGGGGAGGCCCGCACAGCUUCCCAGGCUGUUGCAGGCAUCCUCAUUCAAGUGUUUAUGCAAAAGGAUUAG